UUAUAUAGGGGUCCAGGAGAUACACAUAUGGUGCAACGAAAACACACAGUGAGAGAGAGCGCGCGAGCGUAAGGACGUAGGAAUUAGGAAAUAGAAAUUGCCUCCUUUUUUUGGCCUUUUGGCUUUUUGUGCUUUUUCUCUACCCCUCCGUGAGAAAGCAAUCCAGUCUCUUCAAUAGUAUCUUGGACUUGUUCUUAUAAAAGAGCUUCAACCUCCUCUCAUAAUCCCCCUAACUCUCUCUUUCCUUUCCUUCUGUCUCUCCCUUGCUCCCUCCCUCUCUCUCAUAUUAUAAGAAGGAAGAAUAUCUUUGUUUCUCUGUUGUCCUGGAAACGCCAUGGAUACUCAGCGAAGUCCUCUUCUAAGUUGGGCCUACUACUGCCAGGGAAAGCCAACGGAGGAGUUAAGGCAGUCGCUUUUGUACACCACUCUGGAGCUUGAGCAAACGAGGGCUGCAGUACAAGAGGAGCUCAAGAAGAGGGAUGAUCAGCUGCUCAAUCUCAAGGAUCUGCUCGACAAAGCCGUCAGAGAAAGAGACGAAGCUCACGAGAAAUGCCAGAGACUUCUCUUGGAGAAGUUCGUCUUCCAGCAGCAGCAACACCAAACGGCUCCUCUGUCUGGAGUUUCUAGCAUUGAAGAUGAACCCAGAAGAGGAAUUGACUCCAACAAUGGCCUCUCAUCAUCCGACUGUGAAGAAAGCAUUGUCUCUUCUCCGGUCAUUGACCAUGUGCCUCAGCCCCAAUUGCCCCCUCCGCCGGCACCGGCGCCACCGUCUGUCACGCAAUCCAUGAUUGAGCUUACGCCGGACAGGCCAUUACCGGAAAAAGGCAAGCUUCUGCAGGCUGUGAUGAAAGCCGGGCCUCUGCUUCAGACUCUGCUCCUGGCAGGACCACUUCCUCAAUGGAGACACCCACCCCCACCGCUAGAAACCUCAGAGAUUCCUCCGGUGACCAUCCCGUCACCACCUCCGCCACCCCCGGCACCGGCUCCACCGCAGCUCCUCCAUCAAGAUUCCUUCAUUAAUGCUACCAACUGCGGAAGAAUCAGUAGAAAAAGGGUAUUGUGUGACGGCUCUGACUCUCCUACGGACACCAAGUACCAAAGGGUUGUACUUCACUGACCGCAACGAAGUCAGAUUUACCCACAUAGCUUUUUUGAAAUUCAUAUAUAUAUUUACAAGUUGAUAGGAUUAAAGGGUUAGAGCGACUGAUCUAGCAUGUGUACAGUGGAUUGUUCUAGAAAGGAAGUUAACUGAGUGCUUUGAUUUAGGCUUUCUAGCAAUAUUGUGGGAAGUUUGAAGAAUGAAGAAUUGAUCAUCGGCAUUUUCUCUUCUUUCACCCUCAACUUUUGGCUCUUGAGGUGAAAGGGCGAGUUUGGAACUUGGGAGGUUUGAUUUAUCUAUGAAAGUGUAAUGUAACUAGGAUACUGAAGUUCAGUAAGUGAUGUGAGAGUGUGUGUGUGUGAGAAAGUGAGAGAAAGAUUGAUCUAAUUAAGAUCACAUCAAACAAUUAAGAAGGAUAUGGGUGUGGUUGUGGAGUCGUUGGGGUUGGGAGAUUGGGUGUGACCAACAACUGGAGGGAAAGCCGGGAAGGUAGUUGAGCUCUGCAUGUCGGGUCGGGUGGACCCACAAAUCGGAGCAUGGACUCAAUACUGGCGUGAUGUAUGAUUUAUAUAUAUAAAUAUAUUAAACCCGAUUCUCGGGGGAUUCAUAACCA